CUAGCAGAGGCCAGAAAAAUUGACAUUGUGUUGGGUGCGUUAGCUGGGGAAGCCAAACGGCAGGUCAGUGUUUUAGAGGAUGACGAAAGGGAUAGAGUACGCAAAAUCUUUCUGUAUUUGGACUCUCUAUAUGGAGACAGAACCCCCGCCCCAGUGUUAAGGUCUCAGUUUUUUAGUUGUGUCCAAAGACCAGACGAGACAGUCCUCAUUCAUUCUAAGACUAAGAGAGCUGUAUUGCAGGUUGCGGCAACAUGACCCUGAUGGAACUCCCCCUGACACAGUCCUGCGAGACCAGCUGCUGUUGGGGCUGCGUGAAAGUUCCCUGGCUCAGGCCCUGAAGGUCUAUGCCCGCCGUAACCCUGAUGAAACUUUUUCUGCACUCAGACAGGAGGCGCUGCUGCUUGAUACAGAACAUGGGAACCCCCCAACCGGAGGUAAUCUGUGCUUCUGUGUAUAAACCAAAUGUGCCUCCUCCAUCACAGGACACCAGCUGGAGAGAGACCCUGAAAAGAGAGAUCAUGGAAGACGUGAAAUCUCAGAUGACCGGACUGACCCAGGAACUGUUGCGAGAGAUUAAACCGCUCCUUCAACCAGCUGUUAUUGCACCACAGCCCCUAAUACAGCCCUAUAGGGAGCGACAACGAUCAGUUUCCCAGACGAACACCUGGGAUGAGCAAGGUAGGCCCAUUUGCCGCCAAUGCAGACAAGCCGGCCACAUAGCUAGAUUUUGUAGGAGGCCAACUACUGCUCGGCAGGCUUUAAACUAGCUUUCCCUGCUGCUGAGGUCCGAGGGGCAGGGGUUGAAAGUACAACAGAAGAAAACGGGCCCACUGAAGCAUUUAUUGGAAGGUGUCCAACUAUAGACGUAAACAUUGAAGGAGUUACACUGUCGGGGCUAUUAGACACGGGGUCCCAGGUCACCUUAAUGCAGCAAAGCCUCUUUGAGCAACAUUUUACCCAAGCUAAGCUUGGAAAGGCUCCCAUAGUUUUUAAGUUACAGGCCGCAAAUGGCCUGGAGAUCCCUUAUACGAGCUAUGCCGUAUUAGAUCUGGAGCUAGAGGGUGCUAAGAUACCUGGAAGAGGAAUUGUGAUUGUGAAGGAUGAACACUGUACACACCCACUCAUCAUUGGAAUGAAUGUUGUUACUGCUUGUUGGACUGUUUUUUUUAAAUGUCCCAGAGGGUCUGUUCCCCCCCCACAGACGUUACAGAGACAGCGGGUUUGGAGGGAUGCAUUUGCUACAUGCAGACACAUUGAGGCUACCAUGACAGAGGACGGGAUGUUGGGGUACGUGCGGCCAGCCAGCCGACGGGUCAUCAAAAUUCCCCCAAAGAAUCGGUACCAGAAGCUUGGCAAACUGUCCCGGGUGGAUGAAGCGGAUGUACAUGGAGCCUGCGACCUUAACCUGUCCCUUGAAGGUGAUUGUGUUGUUGGAGUGACACUGGUAAAUGCUGCAGUUGACGAGGAGGACCAGAAGCUGCCGAUAGGGGUGAGUGAACUCUCCAACAGGCCUGAUCUGUCUGAGCAGCAACAGGAGGAGCUGCGCGCCCUGCUGCUGAAAUGGCAGAAGGUGUUUGCACAGCACAAUGAGGACUUCGGACGUACAGACCUGGUACAACAUCGCAUCCAUACUGGUGAUGCACCACCUAUCCGAGAACGACAUCGACCUCUUCCCCCUGCCAUGUAUAAAGAGAUGAAAUCCCUACUCUCAGGUAUGCUGGAGCAAGGUGUCAUUAAAGAGAGCUGUAGCCCAUGGGCGGCACCCAUAGUACUGGAUUGAAGAAACCUUGACCAGUCUGACCAGAGCAGAAUGGUUUUCUACUCUUGACUUAGCCAGUGGCUAUUGGCAAGUUGAGAUGGACACCCAAGACCAGGAGAAGACCGCCUUCACCACACCGCUGGGGCUG